GUGGUUGCGGAGCAGUAGUCAACAUGAAGCUGAACGUAGCUGCUAUCUCGGCCCUGGCCACUGUGGCCUCCGCUCUCCCUCACAAGCGCGAUAGCGAUCAAUGGGGACACAUUCGCUCCAAUAUCAAACAUGUCAUCUACCUGAUGAUGGAAAAUCACUCGUUCGACAACAUCGCCGGGUACUGGGACUUUCACCCCGACAUUGACAACUUGCGGAACAUCUCCUACUGCAACGAGUACACCAAUCCCAAUUGGACGGUCUGGGACGAACCUCUCAAUGUCUGCGCUGCGCCAUUUGAAACCGAGGUGCCCUUGACCGAUCCGGACCACAACUUCGCCGGCGUCACGUAUGAGAUCUUCCGCAAGUGGUACCCCACCAAGGACGAUGUUCCCAACAUGGGAGGUUUUAUUGAGCGCCAGUCGGAGAAAUACGCAGCCAGUCCGGGCGAGUCUAGCUUCGUCAUCAAGGCCUACGAUGAGAAGAAGACGGCAACUCUAAUUGAGGUUGCGAAGAACUUUGCCUUCUGGGACAGCUAUUUCGCGGAACACCCUGGCCCGACCAACACCAACCGCCAGUUCGCUACUUCGGGAUCGACCUGCGGUUUCGUUGACAACACCUACCAAUCUGCCGGCUGGUAUGCCAACUACACCGGUACGACUUGUGCGACCUCGAUCUUCGAGGCUCUCAGCAAGAAGAACAUCACCUGGAAAAACUACUAUGAGACGGACAUUGUCGAUGCCUACAUGUACAAGUGGGUGCAAGACAAUGCGAUGGACCGUCUGGUUCACUCCGACCAGUUCUACCGCGAUCUCGAGGAGGGAACUCUGCCCCAGUUCUCCUACUAUAACCCCGAGUGCUGCACCAUUGACUCGAUGCACCCGACUAGCAACAUGGCCUCGGGUGAGCAGCUGAUCAAGCAUCUGUAUGAUGCAGUGCGCAAGUCCAAGUACUGGGACAACGUUCUGAUCAUCCUCAACUUUGACGAGCACGGUGGUUUUGCUGACCACGUUCCCACGCCGGUCAACGUUCCCCAGCCCGAGGAUGGCAUCACCUUCACUGGCAUGUCUGACGGCCACAAUGUGACCUACGACUUUACUCGCCUCGGUGUUCGUGUACCGUCAUUCGUCAUCUCGCCCUACAUCCCGGCGAACCACCUGAUCCACGACCAGGGUACCAUGUAUGCCAACAACUCGGCGUACACGCACACCUCCUUCCUGCACUUCCUUCAGGAACUGUGGGGUCUGGAGGGACUGAACAACCGCGUGCAAUGGGCCAAGACGUUCGAGUACAUCUUCUCGAGCGAGAAGCGCGACGACACGCCGGAGAAAUUGACGACGCCGACCUGGUACGGCAGCAGCUGGGAGCCGAAGCCGGAUCCAUACUACAAGCUGAACCAGGAUUAUGACUAUUACGAGAACCUCGAUUAAACUCAUGAUGAUGAGACGGAUGAGAUGUGACUAACAUUAUGAUGACUGCAAUAUGCACAUAUGCACAUAUGC